ACCAAGAAGGACCUAGAUCACUCUCAUUGUAUGUCAAGAAUGGUUACUAUAAUCAGCACCAUGGAAACCCAGGUGUCCAACGGUCCGAGCGGAACCAGCCUGCCUAAUGGGCCAGUGAUCAGCACCAACGGUGCCACAGAUGACAGCAAGACCAACCUGAUCGUCAACUACCUGCCUCAGAACAUGACCCAGGAGGAAUUCAAGAGCCUGUUCGGUAGCAUCGGAGAGAUUGAAUCCUGCAAACUGGUCCGAGACAAGAUUACAGGUAUUCAUGAUGCUUCAGCAGGCCAGAGUUUGGGCUAUGGGUUCGUAAAUUAUGUGGAUCCCAAUGACGCAGACAAGGCCAUCAACACACUCAACGGUCUCAAACUACAGACCAAAACAAUUAAGGUAUCGUACGCCCGGCCCAGCUCAGCAUCUAUCCGUGAUGCCAACCUGUAUGUGAGCGGCCUGCCUAAGACCAUGACCCAGAAGGACAUGGAGCAGCUGUUCUCCCAGUACGGACGCAUCAUCACCUCCCGCAUCCUAGUGGACCAGGUUACAGCAGGUAUAUCGCGAGGAGUGGGCUUCAUCCGGUUUGACAAGCGGAACGAGGCGGAGGAGGCUAUCAAGGGCCUGAAUGGCCAGAAGCCCCUGGGCGCAGCCGAACCCAUCACGGUGAAGUUCGCCAACAACCCCAGCCAGAAGACAGGCCAGGCCCUGCUCACCCAGCUGUACCAGACCGCUGCCCGCCGCUAUACUGGCCCACUGCACCACCAGACCCAGCGCUUCAGCCUCAUCCCUCCAUUUGGAAAGGGACCAGAUCCAAAUAACAGCACAAAACCAAUACUCGACAAUUUACUAAACGCCAGCUACGGAGUCAAGAGUUCUCCCUCUCUCCUUCCUAGGUUCUCCCCCAUCACCAUCGACAGCAUGACCAGCCUGGCGGGAGUCAACCUGACCGGGCCCACCGGAGCCGGCUGGUGCAUCUUUGUCUACAACCUAUCGCCCGAAGCUGACGAAAGCGUCCUGUGGCAGCUGUUCGGGCCCUUUGGCGCCGUCACAAACGUCAAGGUCAUCCGUGACUUCACCACCAACAAAUGUAAGGGCUUCGGCUUCGUCACCAUGACCAACUACGAUGAGGCAGCCAUGGCCAUCGCUAGUCUCAACGGCUACCGCCUGGGAGACCGCGUGCUGCAGGUCUCCUUCAAGACCAGCAAGCAACACAAGGCCUGAGAGAGAGAGCUGCUAGCUCACGCCAGCUCCUUCAGCCAGCAGGGAGCGCCACUGAGCUCCCUGUUACCGUCACCCUACAUGGGCCUGGACUGUCUCUCUCUCUGACGCACACACACCCAUACACAGCCCAAUACACAUACAUACAUACACUAUCAGACAUGCAUACACACAAACAUACACAAAGUCAGAGUUUCAAACAAAUACACUAGUAGAGUUUUUAUUUUCUCUUUACACAACAUGCUAGUCCUUCCCUAUGUUUGCCUGGAUUGAAUUAGUAGGGGUGCGUUGGGUAGUUGGUCUCUGGGGUUGGGGGUAAAGGCCUCGAUGAGGGAGACAGUCUAACGAAUGUGACAGAGAAUGUGUGCUGAGUGCUUUGAUUGAAUUCAGGCAAAUAAUGACAAAAACUGCUGAAACAAAAUGAUCAAAAAUCUAAAAUGAACUACAAAUAUGUGCAAUUUAAACCCCAAACGUUUACCCCACGAACUAUCCCAUUAUCUUGCUGGAGAGAGUGUAGUCACUUUUUUUUACACUUGGGCAUUUUGAAUUGGUGAUUUUUUUUAGAUCAAAGAAAAUUAAUUAAAAACAGUGUUCUCUUAUAUACGUAUAUUAAAAUAUAACUAUAUAUUCAAUAUUUAAGGUGGUUAUAAUAGCCAAGUAUGUAAGCUUUUUCUAGAAACUUUGACUACUGUUUCCUGGCUCUACAUUAGGUAGGUUGUGCCUAGCUUUAGGGCAGUUUCUCUACCCUAUUAAGGUCACAUCCAAUACGAUUUAGGUUAUCAAACUGAACAGAUACUGGUCACAAAGACAAGCAGCCUGAAGGCCACCAGAAUUACACAACACAGAUAGUCUCACUCACACUGAGAGAAAACACAACACAUCCACUACAGAAACACACAGUCACACAUAUCAGCCCUGUUAGGGGGAAAACAACACUAGAAUACUGAACAUCACUGACAUCCAAUAAUCUCCCUGUAUUUUUUCACUCUGCUUCUUCUAUUCAGAGAGUAGAAUUGAUGGAUUCCACCACAAACAGAGCUGUCUGUGUGAACAAAGUAGAGCAUUGUCCCAGCUAGUGUUCCCAUGGAGACAGUGUUCAUGUACAAUUCUCUGAGAGACUAGGGACCGUGAGUUUAGAGCAAAGUCAUUUCACCAAAUCACAGAGCCACUUUACCAAAACACCCAACCAGAUAUAACACCCCUCCAAGGGAAUGAGAAGGUUUUUGCAAUUCAAUGGAAAUGAUUGGCCUGGCUAGACAGGCUCAACAUCACCAUUAUGCAUGGAUCAGAUUGAGAGGACGGUAGUUUUGACUUAGGUUGAGAUUCCGUCAUGACUCUGUGAUAUCUCCUCACUGAGUCCCAGAGAGUGAGACAGCUUCUUACCUGUUCCUCAGUUCGCUAAACACUCCUCAGUUUCAUUCAAACCCCUUAUAUGACACUUUAUAGAAGCUCCUGAGAAUCAGUUUAUAAUCACUCUCAUUGUAACCCUGCCUGCCCUGUCAAAAUAGAAGAAAUCAAGCCUGCAGAAACCAACAGUAACAAGUUUGUUUAUCUCACAUUGGCAAUUUAAAAAGUGAUUGUUGAUUUGCAACAUCUGAUCGGCACUAUCACCUAGCUAGAAUGUUUAAAAAAUAUAUCAACAAACCCAUGGAAAUCAUUUGUGACACCCCUUGAUGAAAAUAUAACGACAACAUAGUCUUGGUGACUGUCUGUCAGAAAUAUCUGACAAGACGUUUCAUGGGGAGAGAUAGGAUUACAAUAUAAAGACAUCUGCAUAUAAUAGAUUAAAUAAGGUAAAGUGUGUUCAAGACAUUUUUGCUUUUCUAAAUAACGCUGUGUUAGCCAAAGAGGACAACCAUCUCUUUGAAAGGAUUACUUUAGAGAUAAAUCUAUUUUUAUACAUACAAAAGAACAAGACCUUGUGCUGAAUUUUUACAGAUUCUUAAAACUCUGAAAACAUGGGACACCGCAUGGCUGUAUUUUAAGACCUUUGAUCUUUGAGAGAGAGAGGGAGGAGAGCCUGCAUGCGGUGUAUAGGUGGGGGUCGAGGAAAGGGGGCGAAGAAGAGAAGUUAUCUCACACAACCUUACUUUUUCAACCACAACCUAUAAACAAACUAUUGAAAACAUAAACAAAGACAUUGAAAUAGAACAAAUACACAUCAACACAAACCAAUUCAAUGAUUAGGAAUCAAACUUUACAGACACACAUCUGCAUUACUAAUACUGCAAUCUUUGAGUGUAAACUAGACAAACACAUAUGGCUUUCUCUGAAGUUGCGUACAGUCAGUGUUGCUUCAAUGAUUGUGCAGUGAAGUGUAUUGCUUUCAAAGGAGACACUUAAAUCAGGCUGCAGUAAAGACAGUGAGUCAGGCCCAAUGAUUUGUCCUCACAGACACCUUGGGCUGGUUUGAAACAGAAAGGCUUGAAGUAGAUUCUCAAUAAAGCGUCCUUUCAACGCAAUGAUGAUUAGGUAUAUUUGAAUUAAGAUAUAGCCAAAGAAUUUGGAAUAUGAGUGUCAAUAAGGAAUAAUUCAGUCGAUACUACUAACCGUUCCCCUAAUAAUUCUUCUAUAAACCAUUAUCAUUUAUUGCAUGAAGAUCCCUUAUCAUUUUAAAUCCCCAUAGCGCUUGCAGAAAUAUCUGUUGUUCAUAUCAAAUUAUAUCAGAAUGGACUAAUAUCUUUUGGUUAACAUAUCUGUUGAGUACAUAUAAUUUAGCCCAUUUGCACAGGUGCUUACCACAAACCUACAACAAUGUAUACAAAGAAUUCACCUUUCAGCAAAAAACACGACAGUUCCACAAGUGUCUCUUGAACCUCAAUACUGUAAUAUUCACACCAUCCGCUCACAAUAGGAAUCCAAUAUAUCAGAGUAUGACAGCAUUGUUUCAGUUUAACCCUAUGCUCUUCCACUGUUACACCAUCAGCCUCUUUCUAACCCUGACCAUUCCAUUUCUUACUGUGCCCCAGUUGUAUAUUGGUUGUGUGCCAACCAAAACAAAC